GAGGAGUGAAUAUUCAGAGAGAACGGCAGAGAGAGAGAGAGAGAGAGACAGAGACAGACAGACAGAGGGAAGAUCACGGGUCUGUUCAUUUCCACAGCAGCGUCUUCAGCUGGUUUUGUAUGUAACUGAUCGAUAAUAUCGAUUGAUCGGAUCGGAUUAAAAUAAUCGAGCGCGCACAGCAUGGACCAUCAUCCUCAUCCUCAUCCUCAUCAGCAGUAUGACGGAGAGACGAACGACUACAUGCAGCAGCAGGAGGACUGGGACAGAGACAUGCUGCUGGACCCCGCCUGGGAAAAACAGCAGAGGAAGACGUUCACAGCGUGGUGUAACUCUCACCUGAGGAAAGCAGGAACUCAGAUUGAGAACAUCGAGGAGGAUUUUAGAGACGGACUUAAACUCAUGCUGCUCCUGGAGGUCAUCUCAGGAGAGCGUCUUGCUAAGCCAGAGAGAGGGAAGAUGAGAGUGCACAAGAUUUCAAAUGUGAACAAAGCUCUAAACUUCAUCACCAGUAAAGGAGUUAAAUUGGUGUCUAUUGGAGCAGAGGAGAUUGUUGAUGGGAACGCUAAGAUGACUCUGGGAAUGAUCUGGACCAUCAUCCUCCGCUUCGCCAUCCAGGACAUCUCAGUGGAGGAAACUUCGGCCAAAGAGGGACUUCUGCUGUGGUGUCAGAGAAAAACCGCCCCUUACAAAAACGUCAACAUCCAGAACUUCCAUAUCAGCUGGAAGGAUGGUUUGGGGUUCUGUGCUCUUAUUCAUCGGCAUCGUCCAGAACUCAUAGACUACGGCAAACUGCGCAAGGACGACCCUAUGACCAACCUGAACACUGCGUUUGAUGUGGCUGAAAAAUACCUUGACAUCCCUAAGAUGCUGGACGCAGAGGAUGUCGUUAGUACGCUGCGUCCCGAUGAGAAGGCUGUGAUGACGUACGUGUCGUGUUACUACCACGCCUUCUCGGGGAAGCAGAAGGCGGAGACGGCGGCCAAUCGCAUCUGUAAAGUUCUCGCUGUCAAUCAGGAGAACGAGCAGCUGAUGGAGGACUACGAGAAACUCGCCAGCGAUUUGUUGGAGUGGAUCAGGAGGACGAUCCCGUGGUUGGAGAACCGGGUUCCUGAGAGCACCAUGGCCGCCAUGCAGCAGAAGCUGGAGGACUUCAGAGAUUAUCGUCGCGUUCAUAAGCCUCCUAAAGUCCAGGAGAAAUGUCAGCUGGAGAUCAACUUCAACACGCUGCAGACCAAACUGAGGCUCAGCAACCGACCGGCCUUCAUGCCCUCUGAGGGGAAGAUGGUGUCGGAUAUCUCCAAUGCAUGGGGGGGUCUAGAGGGGGCGGAGAAAGGUUAUGAGGAGUGGCUUCUGAAUGAAAUCCGCCGACUGGAGAGACUCGACCACCUCGCCGAGAAAUUCCGACAGAAAGCAGCUAUACAUGAGGCCUGGACAGAAGGUAAGGAGGCCAUGUUGAAUCAGAAGGACUAUGAGACUGCAUCUCUGUCUGAGAUUAAAGCUCUGCUGAAGAAACAUGAGGCGUUUGAGAGUGACCUCGCCGCUCACCAGGACCGCGUGGAGCAGAUCGCCGCCAUCGCCCAGGAGCUCAAUGAGUUGGAUUAUUAUGACUCUCCCAAUGUGAAUGCUCGCUGUCAGAAGAUCUGUGAUCAGUGGGACUCUCUCGGAGUUCUGACUCAGAAACGCAGUGAGGCCUUACAGAAAACGGAGAAGCUGUUGGAGACGAUUGAUCACCUGUACCUGGAGUUUGCCAAGAGGGCGGCGCCAUUUAAUAACUGGAUGGAGGGAGCGAUGGAGGACCUGCAGGACACCUUCAUCGUCCACACCAUCGAGGAGAUCCAGGGCCUGAGCACGGCUCAUGAGCAGUUUAAAGCCACGCUUCCAGAGGCGGAUAAGGAGAGACAGGCCAUCCUGGGAAUCCACAACGAGAUCGCCAAAAUUGUCCAAACCUACCACGUCAACAUAGCGGGAACGAAUCCGUACACCACCAUCAACCCCCAGGAGAUCAACAACAAGUGGGAGAGGGUGAGACAGUUGGUUCCUCAGAGAGACCAGGCGCUGAUCGAGGAACACGCUCGUCAGCAGAACAACGAGCGUCUGCGCAGACAGUUCGCUAAUCAGGCUAACGUCAUCGGACCUUGGAUCCAGAACAAGAUGGAGGAGAUUGGCCGUAUCUCCAUCGAGAUGCACGGUACGCUGGAGGAUCAGCUGAAUCACCUGCGCCAGUACGAGAAGAGCAUCGUCAACUACAAGCCAAAGAUUGAUCAGCUGGAGGGAGAUCACCAACAGAUCCAGGAGGCGCUCAUCUUCGACAACAAACACACUAAUUACACAAUGGAGCACAUCCGUGUGGGAUGGGAGCAGCUCCUCACCACCAUCGCUCGCACCAUCAACGAAAUCGAGAACCAGAUUCUUACUCGUGAUGCUAAAGGCAUCAGUCAGGAGCAGCUCAGCGAAUUCAGAGCCUCGUUUAACCACUUUGACCGGGAUCACUCAGGCACUCUGGGCGCUGAGGAGUUCAGAGCGUGUCUCAUCAGUCUGGGCUUCGAUAUCGGAAACGACACUCAGAAGAGAACAGGCUUGAUGGAUGGAGAGGAUUUCCGCACCUGUCUCAUCUCCAUGGGUUAUAAUAUGGGUGAGGCGGAGUUUGCCCGCAUCAUGAGUAUUGUGGAUCCAAACAGACUCGGGGUCGUGACCUUUCAGGCUUUCAUUGACUUCAUGUCCCGAGAAACAGCAGAUACGGACACAGCGGAUCAGGUCAUGGCCUCCUUUAAGGUUCUGGCUGGAGACAAGAACUACAUCCUGGUGGAGGAGUUGAGGCGCGAGCUGCCCCCCGAUCAGGCGGAGUACUGUAUCUCCCGCAUGGCGCCCUACAGAGGGAGCGACGCCGUGCCCGGGGCCCUCGACUACAUGUCCUUCUCCACCGCACUGUAUGGAGAGAGCGACCUCUGACCUCCUCACCUGGGGUCAACCUGCCUUCUGUUCAUCACUCACACAGACACACACACACACACACACACACACACACACACACACACUCGGCUCCUGCUCUGUAGCUGCUGAGCUCACUGUGCUGAUCUGAGAUCAGGCCCGAGUGUCCAUGCUGUUCGUUCACAGUCUGCGUAGUGCACUAGUAGGAGGAGUAGAAAGGGACGUUGAGUGCACUACACAGGCACUUAUUAUUCAGACCCCGAGGAAUAACGGUGCCUACACACUAGAUAGUGCAUUAGAAGUGCAAUAGGGAGCGCUUCCACUGAGAGCAGGGAGUUGAGCGUGUUGUUGGACUUUAGUGCACUACAUAAUGUCAAAUUUUCAUACCCUACGUAGCACACUUGUACAGGGAGCAAGGGAGCAGAGUAGUAAAUGACUCCCUAGUGCACCAAAUGACUCAUUUAGUGCACUACAUGUCAAACUGGGAGCGAAGUCGGACACUUAUACAGGGAGCAGGAUGUGUAGUGCACUACAGAGUCAUCAUGGAUAGUCUAUAAAGAGAGCUGAAUCCCAAAUCCCUGCUGGAUCUAUAGUGCACUACCUAGGGUGUAGUCAUUAUUUCAUUCCCUACGUAGGGCACGUCUACUGCGAGUGCAUAUGACUACAGGUGAAUAGCUGAACUCUCACUGAGCAUAUAGUGCACUUGUAGUGUAGUGAUCUCAGAUCAGCGAGUGGGCAUGUCUCAGCAUGGCUCUGUGACGCUCGCUCAGAUUUUCUACGUCAGUUUAUACCCCGCCUUCCAAACCCACUUCCUGUUCUGCCCUGUUUCUGCUUCUGCAACAUGAAAAAUCUUCCCCAGCUUUUGUACACAAGGGGAGUGAGUGAAAAUAUCUUCUGUUUUUACUUCAUAUUGUUCUUUUCUCUUCAUAACAAAUUUUAACAUAUUUUAUUAUACAGAACCAAAAAAAGUAUUUUUCUUCACCUGGCUUAAAUAAAAAGUUUAAAUAAAUUGUAAAAGGAAAAAAA